GUGCUCGGCGCUGUGAUUGGCAGCUCAGGAGCCAAUGAGCGGCGGCUGCUCUUCCGGCUCCACGUCGGCAGCGGCGAGGGCGAAAUGGAGGCCUUGGUGCUGGAGCCUUCCCUCUACACUGUCAAAGCUGUCAUCAUCCUGGACAACGACGGCGAGAGGCUCUUUGCCAAGUACUACGAUGAGACCUACCCCAGUGCCAAGGAGCAGAGAGCCUUCGAGAAGAACAUCUUCAGCAAGACUCACCGCAGCGACAGUGAGAUCGCACUCCUGGAGGGGCUCACAGUGGUCUACAAGAGCAGCAUCGACCUCUACUGCUACGUGGUUGGCAGUGCCCACGAGAACGAGCUGAUGCUCACAGCUGUCCUCAGCUGCCUCUUCGACUCGCUCAGCCAGAUGCUGAGGAAGAGCGUGGAGAAGAGAGGGCUGCUGGAGAACAUGGAGGGACUGUUCCUGGCCGUGGACGAGAUCGUGGACGGAGGUGUCAUCCUGGAGAGUGACCCCCAGCAGGUGGUGCACCGCGUGGCAGUGCGGGGCGAGGAUGUGCCCCUCACGGAGCAGACAGUGUCACAGGUGCUGCAGUCUGCCAAGGAGCAGAUCAAAUGGACCCUGCUGCACUGACCCCCCCCCGGCCCCCCCGGGACCCUCCCCAGACACCCCUGGGACCCCCCCCCGGGUGCCCUGGGCCAGACCUUGUCCC